GUGAACCUAAAAGUAGAGGAAGGGAAGGAGAGGAGCGUACAGACGGCUUGCCUACGAACUGUUCUCAGUAAAAUACAAUAAGUCAUUGUAACUCACCCCCCUGGGAAAUAGUCUCUGCUGAACUGAAAAAAAAAAAGGCACUAAAACAGCCGAUGUUGUCCAACUUCCUCUUCCCCCGAAAUGGCCGAGUCGUUCUCUCGCUCCUCCGCUUUACCCCAAUGGCGAUCACCUGGGGACACCACGCCCUCCUCUCCGCCUCCACACCCACAGCCCUGGCACCAACACCUCUUCCCACCACCCGACGCCUGCGCGCGAGCCCCUAGCCCGCCGACUGCGUCCCGACGCCCACCGCAGCCACCAAUAGCAGCACAUUCGCCACCACCACGGCCACCUCGCACGCAGGCCUUCCCAAGCACACGCUCUCUUCGCGCAGCCUUAUAUAAAAACGAGUGUGGGCGGGGAAGAGGGUUCGGCCUGCUUUGGGCCCCCUGCCUCGGCCAAUGGGGAAGAAGCUGCUCGGCGCCCUUUCCACAGGGUGCUAAGGUCCUCCUUGCUCCAGAAGGUAGCUGGCUUUUCUCCGGUUGCAGAUGAAAGUGCUAGGCGCUGCCAGUCCUGGUACCCGUCGCCUGAGGAGAAAUUUUCUCUUCUGGACAACCAACUCCUACCCCUCCUAAGAAUCUCCACCGCAGACCUACCCUCCGCAAACAAACAAAAGUGACCCAGUAUCCUGGCGGCCAGUGACGGGCUGAGCAGGAAUGAGAAUACGGGUGCCUCCCCCGGGGGUGGGGGUGCGGUCGGGCCUCUAACGGGAAGUUAUCUCAUGGUGGCGGUUCCUGAGGUGGAAGAGAGGCUUGCAGCAACCCCCUGUUUUAUCCACUGAGGGGAAUCAAGGACUUGGACUCUGAGGCACAAAGAAAGUGUAGCUUCUGAGCUGAAUGAUGGCAAUGCUGCAGAGUAAAGAAGAAUGUGGGAAGGGGCCAAAGAAAACCUGUACCCCAUCUGCACAAAAAUUGUAUAGCAUGAUGUGCUAUAGCCCUAACUCAUCCAAGGAGGAAUCCUUGGGGGUCAGUUCCCCAAAGGCCAGGUUAAAGAAGAAGGAAGAGAAAACAACCACAGAAAAUGGUUCAAGCAGUGGCCAGGAGAAUAAAGGAAAGCCUCAAGACAAGCAAGCAGAGAAAGAAAAGGAAAAAUCAAGUCUCACCAAUGCAGAAUUUGAGGAGAUCGUCCAGAUUGUGCUACGGAAGUCCCUCCAGGAGUGCUUGGGUAUGGCUUAUGAGACUUCCUGUGCCCAGCCCAUAAGAUGCACCCUAUUAGACAAGGAACCAGGAAUUGCUGCUUCUACUGAUAAUGAUAAUGCUGAUGGGAAAAAAAAUAUUAUUUUCAGAGAGAGGGUAAUGGUACCUCAUAUCCUAGAGAUUUCAGCCACUCAGGAAGCUGGAGUAACCUCUGUGAUAAAGACAUCUAAGCCAGGCCAGCCAGAUCCUGCACCCUCUGAGAAGAAAUCCAAUAGACCCUUCCUAAGCAAAGGAAAGAAGGGAGCCCAAGAUGAGAAAAUGGAGAAAACCCAAAGUGGACAUGAGCACAGACAGAAGGACCAACUGAAAAAAACAGUUCAGGUUGAUUCUCAGAUCAGAAACCAGCAAAGAGGAAAAGGAGGUGAUUUUGGCCAAUGUCUUGUUUGGGUCCAGUGCUCCUCUCCAAACUGUGAGAAGUGGAGGCGGCUUUGUGGAAACAUUGACCCUUCAGUGCUUCCAGAUGAUUGGUCCUGUGAUCAGAAUACAGACUUGAAGUAUAAUCACUGUGACAUCCCAGAGGAGUCCUGGACAGGGCGUGAGAGUGAUGUGGCCUAUGCUUCCUACAUUCCAGGAUCCAUCAUCUGGGCCAAGCAAUAUGGUUACCCCUGGUGGCCAGGCAUGGUAGAAUCUGAUCCUGACCUGGGGGAAUAUUUUCUUUUUGCUUCUCAUCUUGAUUCCCUGCCGAGGGUCAAAGCAAGGAGAAGGACAAGAGGCCAUUUUUUAUUUCAGUCUAAAUACCAUGUGACAUUUUUUGGAGAAACAGUCUCUCGUGCUUGGAUCCCAGUCAACAUGCUAAAGAACUUCCAGGAACUGUCCCUGGAGCUAGCUGGAGUGAAAAAGUGCAGGAACAAGGACUGCAACCAGAAACUGGGGGCAGCCCUGAUGAUGGCUCAAGAGGCAGAACAGAUCAGUAUUCAGGAACGGGUUAACUUGUUUGGUUUCCGGAGCCGAUACAAUGGAUCUGACAGUAGUGAGGAAGGAAAAGACUUAAUGCUUUCUAGGGCUAACAGCCCAGACUCCUGCUUAGAGAAAGAAGAGGAAGAGUCAGAGUUGGAGGAGGAGGGGUUGGAGGAGGAAGAAGAAGAGAAAAAAGACCCGACUUUGCCCAGUCCCAAGCCAGCCAGAAUUCAGACAAAAAAACCCAAGGCAAGAGGCCUAGCAGAUGGACAAGAUGGGACCCUGCAAAGGAAGACACUGAAGAGAUCUCUGGGAAAUGAAUCUGCAGCUCCUCCUGUACUCAUAAUGGGAAGGAAAGAAGGAGGACAUGGGAAAUCAGAGCCUGACCAACCAGGUCCUAAGAAAAAAUUUAGAGCUCCCCAAAGCAAAGACUCAGUAAUCAGCUUGUCUGAGGACAAAGAAGCUAGGAUGGCACCAAAGGGCCUGACCCCACCAGCUCAUCUCGGGGUUUGUCCUGUGAUGGGGACAGAAGGCUGGAAGUGUCUUCAGGAAGCUGGAAGUGUCCCUCCUGACGAUGAAGCCUUCAGUGACCUGGAUCUGGAGCAAAUCCUGGAAGAUGUUGGAAAAGAGCCAGAGCAGCUGGAGGAGCCGCAGUGUGGAGACGACCCCGGGGAGUUCACUUUGGCCUUCUUCGAGGAAUAGCUUAGCUGUGUGCUCCUGCCUCCCUGCUGCUCUCUCACCCCCUUCCCUGUGAGCAGCAGAGAAAGCCCCUCAGAGGGUCCCUGAGAAGCUGCUACAUGUGGGGUUUGUUGAUCGCCACAGUCACAGCUGUGUUUAUGUGUUAAUAAACAGGUUACUGCUUUAA